CUUCCUGUUUCAGCAGCUUAUAGGAUUUUGAUCGCAUCAUGACGUCGGAAUCGCCAGCAAAAAAACAGAAAAUGGCGUCCUCACUGGAUCAGCUGAAAACGUAUACCGUGGUUGUGGCGGAUACUGGCGACUUUGAAGCCAUCAAGACAUACAAGCCUACUGAUGCCACAACUAACCCAUCUUUGAUUCUGGCGGCUACUAAGAUGCCCCAGUAUCAACAUUUACUGGAAAAUGCGGUCAAAUACGCGAGAAGUCAUUCCAGUGAUGAGGAUGAACAAGUAACCUUGGCAAUAGACAAACUGUUUGUUUUGUUUGGGAGUGAGAUUUUAAAGAUUGUUCCAGGCAGAGUCUCCACGGAGGUUGAUGCCAGACUCUCAUUCGACAAAAACGCAAUGGUGGAAAAGGCGAAGACUUUUAUUGAAAUGUACAAGGACGCUGGGAUCAGCAAAGAGCGUAUAUUGAUAAAACUUAGCACUACUUGGGAGGGAGUCCAGGCUGCAAAAGUUUUGGAAGAAGAAUACGGUAUUCACUGCAAUAUGACGCUACUUUUCUCCUUCGCUCAGGCUGUUGCUUGUGCUGAGGCUGGUGUGACGUUGAUUUCACCAUUUGUUGGUCGCAUCUAUGAUUGGUACGUUAAAAAUACCGACCAGAAAACUUUUGAGCCCCUGAAAGAUCCAGGUGUCAUAAGUGUGACAAAGAUUUACAACUAUUACAAGAAAUACGACUAUAAGACGGUUGUUAUGGGUGCUAGUUUCAGAAAUGAUGGACAGAUCACUGCCCUGGCUGGUUGUGAUUUGCUCACCAUUAGGGCUCAAGCAGCUGACAUUGAAAAAGUUCACUUGGAUGAGAAGAAAUUCCGCUGGUUACACAAUGAGGAUGCUAUGGCAGUGGAGAAACUCGCUGAAGGGAUUCGGAAAUUUGCCAUUGAUUCGGUCAAGUUGGAGGACAUGAUUAGAAAACACAUCAAAGAUUCUUCCAAUUCACAUUAACACAAUCGUUAGAUGUUAUAAACACGGUGGAUAUAUAUAUAUAUGCAAUAAUAAAUGGUGGGGGGGGGGGGGCUCAGGGGGCAACAGUUUGUAUGUAUGGCAUCAAGAAAGAAGGAUUGUUUUGACUGAGGCAGAAACAGUAAUGUUACUGUUAAUGCUAAUAUGUAGAUGGGCAACACGUUAAUACCCGGACUGUUUUUACUAUGAUAAUGUAACACGUGCUAUUUUCAGAGAAUUAGAUUCAUGAAUAAAUUGACUUUUGUAUAAUUUACCA